UAAAUCUUAAAAUAAGUGUUCAUUUAGUCGGAACAGGACGUAUUUGUUAAACAAUAGAAAAUAAUUUGGAAAAAAUGAAGUUGUUAGUUUUAUUAUUUUUAAUUACCGUUUUAAAAAAUGGAUGUUUCGUUAAUGCUCAUUUAGAUAUGGUCGUUCCUGACCAUAAAAAUGUUUUUGAUUUGAAUCUCUAUGAAUCUGUGUUAGAUCCUGAAUUAUGUGAAAAACAAUUAAAUCAUAUGCUGGAUAAUGACCAAGAACUGUUAUUUGAAUUCUUCGAUGCCGGCAUCCGAACUCCAAGAGGUAUAUUGACUGGCGGCGUCUUAGAUCUUGGCAACUAUCACCAAUGUUUGGGCAUACGCAAACAAAUACCAUCUUCAGUGGUCGAAGGAAAAUAUUGCAUGAUAAAUGUACCAUUGGACCAAGAUUGGCCAAGUUUGCCAACAACACCUUCCCUGCCAGAUAUUACAUGGCCAGAUAUCACAUGGCCUCCACAGAACCAACGAUAUUUAAAAUGGAGAGAAAAUGUUGCAAAGAAAUCAAGUGAACUUCGUGUGGCGAUGGCAGGCUAUGAUUCGUUCAGUGGAGCUACGAAUGAAAGCAGCUCUGCUCUAGCUGCGCUCACAUUCCGUCUCGGAGUUUGUAUACCAAAAGCCUGCACACCGAGAUCAGCAAUAAAUUCUAUAUUUGGUGGCUUGAAUACAUCACCAAUUGAGUUUGAAGAAUCAUAUUGCCGUUUGCCUAAAGAUAAGCACUGGGUAGCCGGCGAUUACGUAGCACUAGUAAUAUUUGGAAUUUUCAUUCUUCUCGUGGCGAUAAGCACUGCUUACGAUAUACGACAUAACAUCUUCCUUCAAAAAGAUCCGAAGAAAAUCAACAAGCUAUGGGUGGCCUUCUCCGCUUACACAAACACUCGUCGUCUGGUCACGUACACCCCUGUUCCUGGAACCUUGGAAUGUCUGGACGGCAUCAGAUCAUUCGCUAUGAUGUGGGUCAUCAUUGGCCACACGUUCGUCACUCAAACUCAAAGUCAGAUUAUGGGAAACCCUGCUGAUGCUUUAGCUUGGAUGACGUCACUCCAAUCCGUCUGGAUCACAGCAGCUCCUAUAACUGUGGACACUUUCUUCACUCUAAGUGGACUUCUGCUUGUUUAUACUACAGCUGGAAAAUUGACUAGUUUAAAAUUACUCAAAAAUCUCCACCUUUUCUACCUCAAUCGUUUGCUUCGAAUGUUCCCCGUGCUUGCUGCAGUUAUUCUAAUGCAAAUUUCAAUCUUCAACCGAGUGGCUGACGGUCCAUAUUGGAAUGUCGAGAUGACGAAUACUCAUAGAUGCCGAGUAUAUUGGUGGUCGACGCUGCUACACAUACAGAAUUAUGUCAACCCAAGUCAUAUGUGUCUCUCACAUUCCUGGUACCUGGCCAUAGACGUUCAGCUACAUAUCCUGUCACCUAUAGUCCUUGUAUGGAUUUUGACGGGCAAGAGGAAAUUGGCGUGGUCAGCACUCGUUGGGUCUUUGAUAGCAGUCCUUGCUGCUGCUACCACUUACAACUUCAUAAAGGAGUUCCAAUCUGGACCUGUUAUACCUUCGCGCCCAUACGAUACUCCAGAUUAUUUAAUUAACUACUAUGUCAACACAUUGACGAGAGCUUCACCAUUCUUCGUGGGACUCAUAUUUGGAUACAUUUUACAUCUAAAUCGAGGGACGAAAGUUGUUAUUAACUUUUGGUCUGCAACAGUAAUGUGGGUGUGUACGACAGUAAUAGCGCUGCUCAUCAUAUACUCCUCGUACCCCAUCAUGCAGCUUGAUUGGAAGAACCAAUUUGCUGACAGCAUGAUCAAUUCCUUCAUGAGACCUGCGUGGGCCAUGUUCAUUGGAUGGAUGAUCUUCGCUUGUGAACAUGGUUACGGAGGACCAGUGAACUGGGUACUAUGCCUCCGUGCCUGGAAAGUGCUAGGACGUCUGUCCUACGCUAUGUAUCUAGUGCAUUAUCCUCUUAUGUUCGUCGUCCUUGCAAUGCCAAUUGUACCUAUCUAUUUCGAUGUACAGUUUUCGCUGUACAACUUCUUUGCGGACUUUUUGUUGGCAGUGAUAGUGGCGUUCAUAGUCACUAUUCUGAUCGACUCACCGUGUUCUGUACUCAUCAAACAUUUUAUGGGAGGAGGACCAAGAAGACCACCACAGAAGGUUGCUCCUGCUCUAGAACCAGAAAUGGUAGAGAAAGAAAUGAAAACGCAAUUAUAAAAUAACUAGCUGUUAUCGUGUGAAUUCACUUGCUGCUCAGCUCUUAAGGAUUGUAGCGUGAUGUUUUAUAGCCUGUAGCCUCCUGCGAUAAGUGCUCUAUCCAACACAAAUAAUUGUUGAAAUCGGACCAGUACUUCUGGAGAUUAGCGCGUUCAAACAAACAGACUUCAGCUUUAUAUUUUAAAGU